AUGGAUGACCAACGGCGUCCAGGAUCACCGCAUAAUCAAUCUCCCCCGCCGUGUCAAGCGCACCACGGAAACAAUACUGCUAUUGAUGGUCAUAAUGAAGCUGAUCGGCUCUUUAAGAGAGCUCGAGUUGAUGCAAUCGGAGUUCACUGUAACGAUUUACCGUCUCUUCUUCCGGUGUCACCACCACCGCCUCUGUCUCCAUCUUAUAAUCGUUCUACUACUCGUUCUCGAGAUGUUAUAUUUGAUUUGUAUGCUUAUUAUAUUCAACUAUGUGCAGGAUUACUGAUGAGGAGCUUGUACUUUUAUUAUGUCUUGUGCUUCUGCAUUUUCUCUGUGGCGAAGGCCCUUUCGAGUUCACAGAGCAGCACUCUGUUUGCGAUAAUGAGUGAUUUCGGCUACCAUCCGUUACUCGCUGACACUUGGAAAGGGAACAACCCUUGUGAAGACAAGUGGUUCGGUAUACUCUGCGACGUGGAAGGAGUCAAGUAUAUCUUUCUCAUGUCCAUGAACCUGACUGGUACCAUCUCUCCACGGUUCGCCGAUCUCACGUCACUUCACGGGAUCGAUCUGUCCGAUAACCUUCUCACUGGCACCAUUCCACACGAGCUGAUCAAGAUGAAACUGAGGGUCCUGGAUGUUUCCUACAACCAGCUACACGGGAAAAUCUCACGUUUUGGGGCGCUGGUUCUAGCCACAGACGGGAAUCAAGGGAUUGUGAUGGCGAGCAUCGUUCGUGUUCCUUUAGAGAGCGUUGUGGGAUUUUUCUUUGGGAUUUUGGUUCUUGGUUUCUUGUUUAUUGGAGGAGCAGGCGUCCUUUUCUAUCUGGCUAAGAAAGUCAACCACCACAUCUGAUAGUGUUUGUCAUGAAUGAAGUCUUUUCAUGUAAGAUAUAAUCUAGAUUAAAAUAAUGUUUGAACAUAAUCUUCACGCAUGGAGGAGGACUAUACAGAUUGAGAUUGAUGGAUGAAACUAGUUUUAAUC